UCGCGAGAAGUGGAUAUUUUAGUCAUCUGUCAGAGAGCGAGCUGAGAAUUUUACUGUCCCUGAGAAUCGCAUUUCGCUAAUUGAUUCAAUUGAUCCGCGUCUCCAGUUGUGAGCAGUUCAAUAAAAGUGAUUUCCAGCGAGUGAAAUGAACAACUUGGGCAUUUCGACGGAUCCAGCUUUGCUGGGAGUGGAAUUGUCGUCUUCUCUGACGACGUCACCGUCCGUGUCGACUUUCAUGCCCGAAGAAGAUGCCUCUAUUUGCCCUCUCUUGCCAACAACCCCGAGUCCGCCGCCCAUGGACUUCAUCCACCCGCUGACGCCCAACGCGGGAAUCGAGGAGGAGAACAACGAACAACUCAGAGACGAUGACGCUCAGGCGGAAACCAGCUCGUCAGGAAGCAGUUCGGGAAUUGGCAUCCAAGUGACUGCCAACGGUCCAGGAUCUCUCUUCAAUAAGCACGCAUAUCAGCAUCUGGGCUGCAAGAAUGGCGACAUUACGCAAGAAAACGGCGUCACUCAGUCAGGAGUCUUCAGCAUCCCAAUCACGAAGGACACUCCGUCUUUCGUCAACUGGAAUUGGCCACUGAUUCGCAAAUGCACUUUCUUCCUCUUCAUGGCCGGACUCUUCGCAAUGUGCGCCAUCGUCGCGGCGAUGAUCAUCAACCUGCCAAAGUUCUGCAAUCCGGAAGUUCCAUGGUUCAAGGGCAGCGUCUUCUAUGAGAUCUUCCCGGCGAGCUUUCAGGACUCCAACGGCGACGGCCUGGGCGACUUGAAGGGACUGGCGAGCAGAGUGGAUUACAUUGAGAGCUUGGGCGUGGGCGCAGUUCGGCUCAACUCAAUCUUUCCCGCCAAACACUAUCCUGACCACUUUCAGAAUGUCACAACACUCGCGGAUAUUGAUGAAAUCCUGGGGAAUACCAGAGAUUUGGCGUAUUUAGUGAGGGUUCUGAAGAGGCGAAACAUCUCGUUGAUCCUGGAUCUCCCGAUUUACCCUCUGAUCAAGCGCUUGGCAGUGAUUCGAAGCAAUGUAACAGAGUCAGCAAAUUCGACUAAUGCGGAAAGCCAGGAAAUGUUUUGGGAGGAUGAAGAUGAAGUUGAUCCCAUCCUUAACGCAAUGAGAUACUGGCUUUCUCUGGGUGUGGAUGGAUUCUACGUGAAAGGACUCGAGCACUAUGUAGAGGAUCCUUACCUUGUCGACAACAUGAAAGUGUGGAAAUUCGCUCUGGGUUCGGACAGAAUUCUUAUGGUCAACAAACUCCUCUUUGACUCUGUCGACGACGAAGUGGCAGAGAAGAUCAAGCAUUGCGUGGAUUUGGUGGACGUUUUUGUGGAUGUCUCAAAUGGCACCAAGGUUAUUGCCGAGAGAGUGCAAGCAAUGUUAAAUUCCCGCCACUUGGCGCCCGGAUUCGGACCGUGGAUUCACUGGAGCUUGGGAGGUGUGACGGAGAGACGCCUGGCUCAGGGAACGAGCUCCAACACUUCUUUAGCAGCCAUUCUCAUGCAACUUAUGCUUCCUGGGACGCCAAGUAUUUUCUACGGAGACGAAGUCGCUCUCCAGGAAGUGUACGAUCCUCUCGGUGAUCACGAGGAGACCAAGCACCUUCAUCACUUGUCGACAAUGGUCUGGGACACGGAUAUCCAGUUCACGGGGAAGGAAUCCCUUCCUUGGCUGCCUCGCGGAGCCUUCGUGGCUUUCCACCACUUUGAAUAUGUGGCGGAGUUGGUGAGGCUUCGCGGAAUCUCACCAUCAAUCUACCAAAACGCCGUGAUCAAGGAAAAGCAGUCAGUUCUCAACACAGCCGUGCGGUACAGCAAAAACGACAUCCUGAUCCUGGAAAGAUGGUAUCCAAGGCGUCACACAUUCACUUCAAUAUCCAACUUCGGCACAAAGUCCCUCGUCCUCGAUCUAUCGGCAAUGUUCUACUCGGGCGAGAUCAUACUGGGUCCACUCAAGGGGGAGAAGAUCUACUUCAGCAGCAUCCAAGUGAGGCCAAUGGAGACGCUGAUCGUGAAGUUGGACAAGUAA